ACGCGCGCGCACACACACACACACACACACACACACACACGAGCGCGCACACCCACCGAUCCCUCCCCCUGCUUCCAGUCACUCAUUCAUGCACGCGCGCACGUGUAUAAAAGGUGGCGCGUGUCGGGCUCGCUCUUCAUUUGCUUUUUUCCCCCCCUCUUCAACUUGUUGACUCCCCCCAACUCGCCAAAACAACAACAAAUCCUUUUCUGUGUGUGUGCGUGGGUUUGCCAAGCUGUAAAGGAGGACAUUUUUUUACUUUUCGUUUGAAUGUAAUUGUCUUUCUUUUUAUCUGUUUAUUUAUUUAUUUUCGGCAGGGGUUUUCCCGCCAUGGGCUCGGCGCUCCCCGCUUGUUCGCCGCCGUCGGGCCGAAAGUGGUGGUCUCCGAAGCCCCCCGCCGGCGCGCCGCUGUCGGAAGUGAUCACGUCGGACGUGGUGCACAGCUUCCUAUACGGACGAUGGAGGCGCGUGCACGGCGAGCAGCAGCUGACGCACGAGGCCGCCGCUGCCUCGGGCGCGAGCCCCAGGACCGCUUUCACGGCCGAAGUGCUCGCGCAGUCCUUCUCCGGAGAGGUUCAGAAGUUGUCCAGUUUGGUUCUUCCCAGCGAGGUGAUCAUUGCACAAAGCUCUGUUCCAGGAGAAGGUCUGGGAAUCUUCUCCAAGACUUGGAUCAAGGCGGGAACCGAGAUGGGUCCGUUUACGGGGCGCCUGGUUUCUCCGCAACACGUCGACUUCUACAAGAACAACAACCUCAUGUGGGAGGUGUUCAAUGGUGACGGCGGCGUACGUUUCUUCGUGGACGCCAGUCAGGAGGAGCAACGCAGCUGGAUGACGUACAUCAAAUGCGCUCGCAACGAACACGAGCAGAACCUGGAAGUGGUGCAGCUGGGAACGGCCAUUUUCUACAAGGCGCUUCAGACCAUCCCCCCUGAUCAGGAGCUGCUCGUCUGGUACGGAAAUUCCCACAACACCUUCCUGGGAAUUCCUGGAAUUCCAGGAGGCGAUGACGAGCAAGCAAAGAAAAGCAAGAGCGAUGAUUUCCAUGGCUGCGAAGGCUCAAUGUCAUCCUCGUCUUCGUCAUCCUCGUCAGGCUCCGGGGGUCUGGGCCGCAUGCGCUGCGUCAUCUGCCACCGCGGCUUCAACUCUCGUAGCAACCUGCGCUCGCACAUGCGCAUCCACACGCUGGACAAACCCUUCGUGUGUCGCUUCUGCAACCGCCGCUUCAGCCAGUCGUCCACGCUGCGCAACCACGUGCGUCUGCACACGGGCGAGCGGCCCUACAAGUGCCACGUGUGCCAGUCGGCGUACUCGCAGCUGGCGGGUCUGCGCGCCCACCAGAAGAGCGCCAGGCACCGCCCGGCCGCCGGAGCCGGAAUCGGAGCUGCAGUCGGCGCCGGGGCCGCCAGUCCGGGAAGGGCGCUGCUGCUUGUGCGCGACCAGCACUCGCCUCCGCCACAUCCUGCUUCCCUGGUCCACCACAUUCCCGCCAUGGUGCUCUAAACUGGAAGUUAGCCGGUAAUGCAAGUAAAAGUGUUGUAAAAGUAUACGCAGGAAGUAAGCUUUUGCAGCGUGUUUUAGCGUAGCAGCAGCUGUGGUGAAUCUUCCGUGCGUCAGCCUAGCAUGCUAAUUGUUUGUUUUGUUGUUUCCGCUGUGGUGCUUGAGACAGGAUGUUGGCUUGUUUUCUCCGCUAGAGUGGUACCACCCUUAGCGUUUGUGCGGCACCCUUGAAAAAGGAAGCGCUGGAAGUUAGCAUGAUGCUACCUUUCGCAACCGCAAGAAUCCAAAUGAAAUCAAACCGUAACCUCAAGGAUUGGCAUCGAAACUAUCGAAUCCAAUUCAAAUUCAGCCACAUCUGAAAUAAUUACAAUUAAAUCAAUUAGAAUCGCAACCUAAAGAAUCAAUUCGAAUAACAACCUUCUGAAUCUAAAUCUAGGGGAGGGAUGAUCUGGAUUUGAAAAAAAAAAAAACAGUCGGGCAGAGGCUACCUUUUGCAGCUAACACUGGGAGUUAGCAUAGCAGCAUAUGACUACUUUGUCUUGCAUGCUGCGUGUACGUUAGCCUAGCAUGCUAAUCUUUUCACUUUGCUGCAUGCUCUUAACAGGAAAUAUAAGGUCAAAUCUCUUUUUGAAUUUUAUGUCCCAGCGUUAUUAUCAAUGUGUCAUGUAUGGUAACAUGCUAUAUACAUAUAUUAAUAAAGUGAGUUCAUCUACA